CAUAAACCAAGAGAAAAACCCCAAGAACGUAAUGUUUAGAUUCUAGACUCUAGACUCGUAGAGAGAAUAGAAGGUUAGAGGGCACAGAGGUGAACUCGACUUGGCCGGUCGUCUGUUGGAGAGGGAGCAGUGAAAACCUUUUCAUUAUCCCCUCGAUGUCUUUCUUAAGAGAUCUUUAAGGCUUUCAGCAUUUAUUUAUUUUUUGUUCUAGCGAUCCAUCGCUCGAAAAAUUCUUCAAAUCCGAUCGUUGCGCCGAAAGAAUGAGUCUUUUGGGGAAGAGGGCAAGGACGACAUCUGAGAAAUCUGUCCUGUGGCUUCAUCAGCGAGAGAUCGGCGAGCUAUUGCCGCGGACCUUUAUUCAUACUGCUGGGGCCUCUGAGAGUCUUGUGCUGCAACUUGAUCUCUACAAAAAGCUGGAAAAGCACAGAGGUUGCGUAAACACUGUUAGCUUUAAUGCGCUUGGUGACAUUCUUGUGUCAGGCUCAGAUGAUAGGAUGGUUAAGCUGUGGGAUUGGGAGGCUGGACGUGUCAAACUCUCUUUCCACUCAGGGCACACUAACAACGUUUUCCAAGCAAAGAUCAUGCCUUUCACAGAUGACCGAAGCAUUGUGACAUGUGCUGCUGAUGGGCAGGUGAGACAUGCUAAGAUACCAGAACAUGGAAAAGUAGAGACAGUAAUGCUUGGGAAGCAUCAGGGAAGAGCUCAUAAAUUAGCUAUUGAGCGUGGAAGUCCUCACAUAUUUUACACCUGUGGUGAAGAUGGAUUGGUCCAGCAUUUUGAUCUGAGAACUGGAACUGCUACCGAGCUCUUCACAUGCAAAUCUUUCCAUGAUAAAUCAAGAUUGGAUGGCAUUGUCCAUCUAAACACAAUUGCAAUGGAUCCAAGAAAUCCAAAUUUCUUUGCUGUUGGGGGAUCUGAUGAAUAUGCAAGGAUUUAUGACAUCCGCAAGUACAAGUGGGAUGGAUCAACUGAUUUUGGUCAACCUGCAGAUUCCUUCUGCCCCACACAUCUGAUCAGCAAUAGGGAGGUGGGAAUAACAGGCUUGUCCUUCUCCUAUCAAAGUGAGCUUCUUGUUUCUUACAACGAUGGGCAUAUCUAUCUUUUCACGAGGGAUAUGGGGCUGGGACCUGAUCCAAUUGCAGCAUCAUCAUUAUCUGGAGAUGGUGAAGCCACUGGACCAGAAUCUGAUUCAGUCUCCAUAGCAUCUCCAUCGACGCAGAAUUGUAAUAAGAGAUACAUGCCCCAAGUCUAUAGUGGGCAUAAGAAUUGUGAUACGGUGAAGGGUGUUGGCUUCUUUGGCCCCAACUGUGACUAUGUGGUGAGUGGAUCUGACUGUGGUCGGAUCUUCAUUUGGAGGAAGAAAGAUGGACAACUUCUACGUGCUAUGGAAGGAGACAAGGAAGUUGUUAACUGUAUUGAGCCGCACCCUCAUGCUACCUUUCUUGCUAGUAGUGGUAUUGAUAAAGAUGUCAAGAUAUGGAUUCCCAAGGCCUCUGAACGAUCUUCCCUGCCAGUGAACCUUGAACAGUUGAAACGUCCAAGAAGGCGCUUGCUGUAUAGGAUAUCAUCUCCUCAAGAGUUGAUGUUUCAGAUUUUGUCAUUGCAAAGGCAGAGAUCAAGACCAGAUUCUGAAGAAGAAGAUAGUGCACCAAGCAGGGAAUUGUUAGAGCUUGUGAUGCCCUUUAACAACCGUGAUGGUUCAUCUGAUGAUGAUAAUGAUGAUGCAGGAGAUUCCUCCAACAAUACCGGCAGUGGGGACUGUAUAGUUAACUGAUGUGGCGGGUUCAACCGUCUUACUGGGAGGACGAUGGAAAUUGUACAUACAUCAGGGAAUAAAAUCAAUAUCUGGUAUUGUGGCUGGUUAACCGUCUUACUGGGAGAACAAUGGAAGCUGUACAUACAUCAGGGAAUAAAAUCGAUGUUAUUUGUUGAUUCUAUAUUGUUUCUUGUUUCAAACCAUCCUACUGGGUUUGUAUAUAAAAUUGUAGGUAAUUUUUAGCA